AAAUGAAAGUGAAAAAGGUGAGCGUUAGAGAGAGAGAGAAAGAGAAAAGGCAGUGUGUAACAAUUUUGUAGUUAAUAGAGAGCGAGAGAGGCAGAGGGCAUAUGCCCACCAUUAACGCUUGUCUUUCAAUCCACACGCUUCAACCCUUUGCAAAGUUAUUCUUUGUCGCUGUUGUUGGUGAUAGAGUGAGUUUUCUAGAGAGCCAAAGUUCAAAAGAAGAGAAGGACCCAGGGCCAGUGAGUUAGAGAGAGAGAGAGAAGUCUUUAGCUUUUUUUCUUGCUCUUCCAGAUGCUCUUUCAAUGGGGAAAAAUGAGGACCCAGAUCUGCAGCAAAGAGAGCAGAAUCUUGAAUCAGGGAAUGAUCAAGGGCGUCCAGGGAGAUGUUGGAUGCUUUUCUCAAGGCUUUCAAACGACCUCAGUUUCAAAUGUGUUUUUGUUUUGUUUCUUAGUUUGUCGGUUUUGUUGCCAGGGAUCUUCUGGAUCCUUCCUAACCGUUCUAUAACCACUGGAUUUGAUGCCAAACAAGCUAUUAAGCUCAGUGCCUCAGUUCGUGCGUACUUUAAACUUCAGAAACCAGUUUCAGAGCUUGUUCAGUAUGUUGAAAAGUUAGAAUAUGAUAUCUAUGAAGAAAUAGGCAUGCCGGCUACUAAGGUGGUUGUCUUAUCCAUGCACCAGUCAGGUGCAUCUAACUCUACUGAUGUGGUGUUUGGCCUUCUUUCCGACCCCAUAAGUAGUCCAAUAAACCCAGUAUCUCUAAGUGUGCUGAGAUCAUCUUUAAUUGAGCUGUUCCUUCAACAAUCCAAUCUGACUUUGACUACUUCAAUUUUCGGGCAGCCUUCUAAGUUUGAGAUUUUGAAGUUUCCUAAGGGCAUCACUGUAAUCCCUGUACAACCUGCUUUCAUCUGGCCCAUAACCCAAAUGCUAUUUAAUUUUACUCUGAAUAAUUCUAUAGCUGAAAUACUGGCCAACUUCAUUCAGUUAAAAGAUCAGCUGAAAUAUGGCCUGCGUCUGAGACCUUAUGAGAAUUUGUUUGUGCAAUUAACAAACCAAAAAGGGUCGACGAUAUCCUCCCCAGUCAUCAUUCAGGCUUCAGUGACAUCAUCUGAUUUUGGUAACCUUCUGCCUCAGAGAUUAAAGCAAUUGGCUCAAACCAUCACAGAGUCUCCUGCUAAGAAUCUUGGUCUUAAUAACUCAGUCUUUGGUAAAGUUAAAAGCAUUAGUUUAUCAUCUUAUCUCAAGGGUACACUUCAUGCUACUGCUCCCACUGCUUCGCCAGCUCCAUCUCCAGAGCCAUCUAUUUCCCCACAUCCUUCUUUUAGGCCAACUCAUCCUCCAGCAUCAUCACCCAAGAGUCAUCAUCCCCAACCUUGCCGUAAGUGUAAAGCUGCUUCUCCAUCUGGUAAUAGUCCCCUGCAUUCACCAGGUCCUGAAAGUGGUCCCUACCCUUCUUUUCCUCCUUUGAUUUCUCCUGCACCCUCUACUAUAGCUCCUCCCCCCUGUCCAUACUCUCGCCCUGCCACUCCAAGAUCUCAUUCUAACCUAACUCCUCAUCAUCUACAUUCCACGUCACAGUUGUCCCCAGAUCUACCACCAUUACCUUCAGUGUCUUAUGGGUCUCAUCCAGGCCAGGGUAUAGACAGCGUGAAGGGCCCAGUUUCUGCACCCCUUGCUCAGUCACCAUCAGUGCAAUCACCUUCAUCUAAAGCAGUUAGUGUUCUCCCCAAGGAAUUCUGGUUAUUGGGAUCUUUAGGAGUCUUGAUCUUUCAUCUCCUUUUAUGAUCGGAUUGAUUCAUUAUGUGCCAUACCACCCAAAGUUCCAAGUCAUCCAUGAUAGAUGUUCAUUUCCAAAUUUUGAUAUGGCAAGGGUUGUAGAAGCACGUACGAAAAGUUUCGAAGUUUUUUUUUUCCUUCAGGCAAGCAAUGUACAUGUAAAUGAGAUGGAUGAUGAACUGAUGGUCCAAGCCAGAAAGCUGGCAGGCCACUCAUCUUACUUCGAGUGUUUAUGAGAAAAAAGAAAAAAACGCAGGGUGUUUUUCCCAAAGGGAAUAACACCUAGAGAUGGUGUGGCUACGGAAGAAGCAGGCAUCACAAAGAAGUCUCUUAUAUUGAUUCAAAGUGUAAAGAAUAUAUACCCUGCUUCUUUUUGAGCCCCUAUAUGGAAAUUGUAAAAACUAGCGUCUUAUAAUACUCCUGGAAUGAUAAAAAGAAUAUAUAUAUUUAUAUGA